AUGGCGAUGAGACGAAGGGGGAGCUUUUUCAGAACAUUGAAAAAUGUCGCACCAGAUUUCGAUGAUGUUAUUCUUGAUCGUGGCGCUGCCGCUGCUGCACAGAAUAGAUGGGUUUUUGAAAUUGCAUGGGAAGUUGCUAAUAAAGUUGGUGGUAUCUACACGGUGAUAAAGACUAAAGCUCCGAUGACGGUGGAAGAACUUGGAGAACAGUACUGUUUGAUGGGUCCGUACAAUGAGUCGUGUGUGCGCACAGAGGUCGAGAUUCUCGAACCUCACAACUACAUAUUCCGCGACACCAUUCAGUCAAUGAGGAAUGCUGGAAUCAAGGUUUACUUUGGUCGCUGGUUGAUAGAUGGUUAUCCGAAAGUCAUCUUGUUUGAUAUUGGAUCUGCUGCCUGGAAGCUGGAUGAGUUUAAACACGAGUUGUGGAAAGCGUGUAGUAUAGGGAUACCGUGGCACGACAGAGAAGCAAAUGAUGCUGUUAUUUUUGGAGCACUUGUUGCCUGGUUUAUUGAAGAGUUUUACAAGAACUGCCCUGGCGAGCCUCUCAUUAUUACACACUUCCAUGAGUGGUUGGCAGGUGUCGGACUGUUGUAUCUCCGGACACGGAACAUCGACUGCAGUACAAUUUUCACCACACAUGCUACAUUGCUGGGCCGCUACCUCUGUGCUGGCAAGUCAGACUUCUACAAUAAUCUUGAUAAGUAUAACUUGGACAAAGAGGCCGGGGAUCGACAGAUUUAUCACCGAUAUUGCAUGGAGAGAGCUGCUGUUCACUGUACACAUAUUUUCGCCACAGUGUCGGAGAUAACAGGAAUAGAGGCAGAACAUCUACUUAGCAGAAAACCGGAUGUUAUAACACCAAACGGACUAAAUGUUAUCAAAUUUAGUGCACUCCAUGAGUUUCAGAAUCUACAUGCCAUCUACAAGGAAAAAAUCUCAGACUUUAUUAGAGGACAUUUUUAUGGUCACUAUGACUUUGAUCUGGACCGGACGCUAUAUUUCUUCAUAGCGGGCCGAUACGAAUUUUCUAACAAAGGUGUUGACAUGUUUAUUGAAGCUUUAGCUCGAUUAAAUCACUUCAUGAAGGAAGCUGGAAGUGAUAUGACGGUUGUGGCAUUUUUGAUUCUUCCUGCUCGGACAAACAACUUCAACGUGGAGUCUCUGAGAGGUCAGGCUAUUGCCAAGCAACUGAAGGACACGGUCAGUCAUGUCCAGAAUCAAAUCGGAAAACGAAUCUUUGAAAUUUGUUUACAAGGCAAUUUACCCACUGGUGAUGAUUUGAUGGAGCAGGAUGACAUUGUCCGUCUCAAACGAUGUAUAUUUGCGGCACAGAGACAAAGUCUACCGCCAAUCUGUACCCACAAUGUUAUUGAUGACUAUAAUGACCAAGUUUUGAAUGCUUUGCGAAGAUGUCACCUCUUCAACAACAGCGAAGAUAGAGUCAAGGUGGUGUUUCACCCGGAGUUUCUCAACUCCACAAACCCUCUGUUUGGUUUAGACUAUGAGGAUUUCGUUCGAGGAUGUCAUCUCGGAGUUUUCCCUUCAUACUACGAGCCCUGGGGCUACACACCAGCGGAGUGCACCGUGAUGGGAAUUCCCAGCAUAACGACGAAUCUGUCUGGAUUUGGGUGCUUCAUGCAUGACCAUAUAGCGGACCCCAAGUCUUACGGCAUCUACAUCAUUGAUCGGCGAUUCAAGAGUCCCGAAGAAUCUGUUCAGAUGUUAGCUCAGAAUAUGUUUGACUUCACCUGUCUGUCACGGCGACAGCGGAUUAUUCAGAGGAACAGAACUGAACGACUUAGUGAACUGUUGGACUGGCGAAACCUGGGAGUCUAUUACCGAAAGGCUCGUGCAUCAGCACUGAUGAAAACUCACCCAGAAGCGUGUCUUGAUGACAGCAUUUCAGGCAAACACUUUCAUUAUCCGAAACCGGCGUCUGAACCGUCGUCGCCUUCGAUGUCCAGGUCGUCCACCCCCGCUCCGUCGGACAACGAGAACGAUGCUGAGGAUGAGGAUGAUGAUGAAGAUGAGGACUACGUGCUGGAGGAUGAAACCAAGAACAAGAAAUAGUCCAAGUAGUUUAACUUUUGUAGGUUUACAUUACUGUGUAGAUUGUCGCUGGAAUAUGCAGCCUAGACAAACGAACUGCACUGAUCUGCCCAGUUGUGUGCUUGUGAUGGUGAUGAUCACCAAGAAAGGUGUUGGAUGUGGUUAUCUCAUGUCUUUCAUUAAUUAAGUCAGUAGAUAUGGAAUAACUCUGGGCCAGAUUUAUCAAAGAGUUGAUCGCUAAGCAUCUAUUUUUAGAUGUGAUUUAGGGCUAGGUUGUGGUGAGCAGAAAAUGUAUCCAAAUGAUCUAUUUAGAAAAGCAAAAUUAAUUUCAACAAAAUAUCAAUUAUGACAUGAAUUACUUUUGUCAAAUUAAAAUAAACUUCACCAAUUGAUAAAAUUUGCAAUAGGUGAAUUUGGAGAGUGGCAGACCUAGCCCUGCAUUUAAGGCUUAAAUGCUUACAAAAUAUAAUCAGGGAACAUUUUCUUUUCAAAAUCUUGAUUACCAAUAUUUGUAGUCAAUUGAAAAUUGAUUAGCAACUCCUAUGUAAUGUAGCAAUUUUACAAUUGUGUAGCGAUCUCUGAAACUUGCAUAGUGAAUUGUGACGCUAUACUGAACAAAAUGUUCCCUGAUCAGUAUUCACGCUGGGUGAAAAUUAAAGAAGGGUGGCCCCGUGACCCCCCUCCUCCGUGAUCAAUGAUAAUGUAUUUACACAUAACUAAACUAUUGUGUUUAUCUUAAAUUGUUAAAUAUACACAACUGUUUAGGAAGGUUACAUGUGUCUAAGGGAUAAAUACUUUUGGUAAAUUUGGCCCAUUUAUAUUCUGUGACUUUUAAACUAAUUGAUGACUGUCCUUAUCCCAAGAUUGAAGCCAUGCUUCAACAGCUAUUACUAAGAAAUAACAUUGUAAUACAUUUAUAACAUUGUGAACUGAGUGUUGCAGUAUAGCACGGUUUUAGAGUAUUAUGUACCACAAGAGUUGUGUCUCAUUGUCUUUUAUGCAGUAACAUUAUGUUGUAACAUGAACAUUGCAGUGUAACAUGGUUUCAGUAUGUUAUUAGGCAAAACAUUGUGUAAUAUGUCACUGUGUUUAAUGGAGUAUAACAUGGUUUCGGUAUGUUAUUAGGCAGCACAUUGUGUAAGAUGUCGCUGUGUUUAAUGGAGUUAUAUUUUAACACUGUAAAAUGACUUUUACGGCAUAACAAGGUUGUAGUGUAUUAUUAUAAUGUAACACAUGACUUAAAGUAGUGUGUGGUAUGCAGACAUGGAUACGACUAAAAUCCCACACAGUGAAAUAACAUACGACUGUGUAUUUCUCCACAAUGGAGUGUCAUCUGGUGUACAUCUGCAGAUACAUUUUUUCAAACUGGAUAAUAUAGCAGUAGCUAUGGAUACAAAAACAUAUUGGUAACCACAUAAAUGGACAUUCACACAAAAUGUGUGCAUUUGUGUCCCAUGUCUGAACAAGUGGACAUGUGGCUUUAAUAUGUCUCAAUGUGUUACGGCCGUUUUGACAUUAAGUAUGAGUUUACUUUAAUAUUAAAUAACAUUAUCUAACAUUGUGUCCCACACAUUGUCAAAUGGACAUUACACUUUUUUGUUUGACAUUUUGGUGAUUACUAGUCAGGAAAUAGAUCUUAUGCUAGAAACAGAUACAUCUCUAAAAUGAUGCUUUUAUCAGGUCUGUUUUACAUUACCUAAAAUAGGGUAGAGUGAGACUCGCAAUUAUUACAUCCAAUAAAUAUGUUUUUUUGAUGUAUCUGUCAGUCUUCACUAAAAUGUACUGGAUUAAAACCAUCUGUUAUUAGAUGUGUUUUACAGAUGAUUUUCAGAUCUGAAAAAUGGACCAUUUAUAGAGGUACUAGUAUAUAUUAUUAGUCGUAUUGCAUUACCGGUACCUAUAUGUGAGUUUGUAUGUUUGUGUUAUAUGUAUUUUUAACUCCAAUACGGUAGCUGUAAUGUGGGAUUUCAUUUCUAAAAUAUGAUUUUGUUUUUCUAUACCCCCUAAAUAUACAACUGUAGCCUAAUUUGAUGUUUUAUUUAGUGCAUCAUUUUCAUUUUUCGUAGUAAACCAAACACAACAAAAAGAAAGGCUUGUGAAAAAAGCAAUUUAUUUAAACCUCAUAUGAUUUUUUUCAAAUUUUUUAAAUUGUGAAAUAUAGUACAGUUUGAAUGGUCACCUAAAACCAGUGUUUAUAAAAGUUGUGCGAUCGUUUUUUUACUCUUAGCUAAAAAAGAUUACCAUCCAAACCCCCCCCCCCCCUACCUAAAGAAAAAAAGUCAAGAAUUUUUGUUUUAAAUCAAAGUACAUGUUGAUUGAGGAAAAGAAAAAUACCUCAGUUAUUUAACCAUUUUAUAUUUAGUAUGGUUAUAGUUUAUAUUUGUUCUUGAACAUUAAUGCUGGAAUAUUACAAAUACAUCAUUAAUUGUGAUAUACCACAGAGGUUUAAUUAUAGUCCACGCUUAACGCUUUAGUUUGACAAUCACUUUUUGUUCUUGUUGAAAACAUCUAUGACUUGUUUACCCUGUAUUCAUUAAUACUGUGCUAUUACUUUUUUUAUUAUUGUUAUUAAGAUGGUGCUUUACUAGUAUGGUUAUAUACACAUAUCCAGUGCUUUCUAGUAGUAUUAGCAGUAGUUUUGUAGUAUACGGAGUAACUAUAUACAGUCCUGAAUGAGAAUUCAGUUUCACGUUUUAGAUAAUAUACACAUUCAGGCUGCGGAUUUAGCAAAAUUAUGUGCUGCAAAUCUGAGAUUUUUUGUUGGAAGUAUAAAAUUAUGAGAUGGAAUCCCCAAAUGUCUGUAUUACAUCAUUUUAUGAUUAUGGUGGGAGCCGUAACCAAAAAAAAUAAUUCCGGUAUCUGCAAAUAGUAUUUUUAGUGCUAAUAACAUGUUUGCUGCUGCAAAAUAUAUAAUUUAAUUUGAGAGGUAGGUGGCUACAGGUGCCUUUUAAUAAUGCCAGAAGUAACUAGGCUACUGAAUAUUCUCUGAAGUGAUCUGAUUAAGCCUACAGCAGCUGAUGUUCAAACGAAACAUGUACCGGUGGAAGUUUGACAAACAAGGAUUGGGAUGUGGAGGUGGACAGUGAUAGUGUAGGACACAAUCAGAUGGAACCCAAAAGUGAAAAAGGAAAGGGGUCAGUGGGAUAUGAACUAUUUGUUUUUUAGUGCUAAUGCUAUAUAUUAAUGUUGAUUCUAGACCUGUAGAAAUUCAACAUUGUACGCAUGGUGUUUACUUUUGUACAUAUUCGUUAAUUGUAAUUAGCAGUUUUAGUGCCAAUAACCCAUUAUAUAAUUACUGUAAAACUAUGGAAAUGAAAAGUUCUGGUUGCUGUAUUCAGGAAGUUUAGUUUUUACACUUGUUUGUUACCAACAGAGAGUAUUUAGUGCUGUGUAUGAGGGAUAUAAUUUGAAAGUAUGAUUCUUUUAGAUUUUGUCCUAACUAUUAUAAUUUUUGUAAAAUGAAUUUUGUAAAAUUUAAUAUUAUGAAUAUGUUCUAGCUGUGUUAGAAUUAGAGAAUACUCAACUCGCUAUGAGGCAAUACCGUUUAUCUUGCACAAGUGAAUUAAUGUUGUCCUUCCCGAGCUUUUGGCUUGGGGAGGACCACAUCAGUUCAUUCGUGCAAGAUAAACGGUAUUGCCACGUAGCGAGUUGGGUAUUCUAUUUAUACCCAUUUUCAGUGUUUAUCAUUUUAUGGAAGAUUUUCAAGCGAUACUGUUGUUGAAAACAAGUUUGAAAGUUGAGAACAAGAGACAGUGUUAUGUUAUAGCUGUGACGUAUGUAUAGAUUAUGUUGUUGACAUGACUUCCACCAUGGAAACCAUUCUUACACACAAUUAACUGACUGUAGUGAAGUACUGUUUACGAUGUUAAAACAUAUCUAGGGGAAGAUUCUUUUUUUUUUCCUAGGGAAAGAUAAUUUUUCUUUGCCUACUUCUCUCUGCCUAUAUGGGUAAUGAAUAUAAUUUCUCUCAUGAUUUACUACUGCACGGUUAGAUGUUGCAUAACCAUUGAUUUUGGGUGAGGCAUAAAAUUAAGUUAAAAACAAUGUAGGUUUUUUGUUUUUUUGUUUUUUUUCAGUUGCUUUGUUUUUGUCGAAGGAAAGAAUGAAAUUCAUGUGCAUUUAAUGUUGAGGAUUUUGAAAGAAUCAUAGUAUAAAGGAUCAUAGCGUUCAGCUGCGUGUCCACACAUCCAUCUGUCUUUGUGUGUAUGUCUGUCCAUGUACUGGUUACACAUUCUCACAAUAGGAACUGUUCAUAUUUUAUGGUUCUAGUUAACAGUGAGUCCCCUACCGUUUCAAUUUAAGUAGUCUAUAGGUUUUGUUUUCAUCUGUCUGUCUGACCCACAUAUAGCUUUCGUGGCGAUUUAUUCUUUUCUUUUUUUUACAGAGUUAUGGCCCUUGAACUUAGGACAUGUUUAGCUUUUGCAGUACUCUGACAAUGGUUGUUUUAUAAGCUGGUAUAUUUUGUGGGAAGUGAUUACAAGCAGGACUAAAGUGUUCAUUUCACAUUGUCGUAAUUUAAUUGUUUUUUAAUACCAGACUGCGAAUUUAGCACAAUUCUGUCCUGAAUAACAUAAUAGACAUAAUAUUUCCUUCUGAUUUUGUUGUCAUGUUCUAUCACAGUGUUCUACUUUAAUUGUUAAAACUAUUAAUGGGCAGGGGUCCAUAUUUUUGAAGCUGUCUUAGCGCAUUGGUAUCGUAGAACUGUUGUAGGCUAUGGUGUGUGUCAUAGUCAGUUCAACAACGGUUUUACAAUAUUGUAGUUCUUAAGAUAGCUUUGAAAAUCGGUAGCCAGGGCUCUACAUUGACUCUUGCCCAGGACAAGUGGUUUUGUGUGUAAGACAAGGGACUUAUGGUAAGCUCUCUUACAUCAUGAGAUCGCAAAGUUGCCCUUGUUCAGUGUUGCUGGAUUCUUUUAAUGGAAACUUUUCAUAAAAAUGAGACACAUUAAUGUACCGUCAUUAUGUGUGUGGAGGGGUUUGUUGUUUUCAGACUCAACUUAAUGUGUGGUUUUUGGUUGUUUCAUACCUGUGUGUUAAUCAGUGUUAUGAUUGUAAUAGUAUUGCUUGAAAAACAUAUUUUAAAAAUGUAAAUGCCAACAGGAAUAGAGCAUAAAGUUCAGGAAUAUUAAUAUUACAUACCAAACAUCAAAAGAAAUGCAUACAUAUACAUAUACAUAUACAUAUACAUACAGACAGACGUACGCACGCACACACACACACACACACACACACAUAUAUAUAUAUAUAUAUAUACAAAUGUGUGUGUGUGUGUGUAUAUAUUUAUAUAUAAUUUAAAAAAUUUUUUAAUAAAAUUUGGUAAACAGUGAUUCAAACUGAAUAACUUUAGAUAAAUUAAAAAAAUGUAAAUUAAUAUUCACCUUUCUUUUGUUGUUUGGUGUAUUAUCAAAAUAUUAUUUGAAGAAAAAAAAGCCUGGUGCAGUAAACGGCCUAUUAAUUGAUGUUUAUAGAGUUGUGUUUAUGAAUUGUGUGUUUAUCAACUGCAUGUUAUUCCAGUUUUGUUAGAACGCUACCAAUUGUUUUCUUCAUUUGUGUUCAAAUUAGUGUGUAAUUACAACUGGUAUAUUACAUGUUUUCAUUCAGUGUUUGUGUGUAGUGUGUAAACGCAGUGACAUUGUUAAGUAUUAUUUAGAGUUGUGAUAUUUAUUGGAAAAACACUAUUUUCGUAAAUGAGCAAAUAUACAUAAUAUGUAAAAAUAGGUUGCAAGAAUUCUUGUUGAAUAUGCUUAUGUAACAUUUACAUAUUCUUGUUACAUUAUUUGCCAAAAAAAAAAUUGUUAUUAAUAUUGCAAAAGAACAUAAAAAUCCAACUGUUUGUUAUAAAUAUUGUAAAAAAAAAAAAAAUCCAGCUAUUUGUUAUAAUAUUGUGAGAAAACUAAAAUCCAACUGUUUAAAUCAGUAUUGCUGGACUGUAUGUCUUUAACAAUAUUGUGUUUUAAUCAUGCAACUAAACUGCCAUUUAUUUUUAAAUAAAAGUGCAUCUUCAUGCAGAUUGUACUAUUUUUGUAAAAUAAAAGAAAGGAAUGUUGAUUAAUAACACCCCAGCACACUAUUUAAUCUGUAGCUAGUGAAUGUGUCAUCAUAGUUUUAACACAUGGUCUAGAGUGUGAAUGACUGCACAUUGGCUGUUCCUCUUACUCAUGGGUGGAUAGCACAGUGGUAUCGAGUUUGCCUCAGGAUGUGAUGGGUCAUAGGAUUGAUUGCCCUCAGUGGCCUCAGGGUUGUUUCCCCAUCCCCUAUGACUUGUUAUGGUAUGUGUUGUUCUGUCUAUGGCAAAGUGUAUAUGAAAUAUUCCUCACUGAUUCUUUUGUAGGAGUAGCCCAUGUGACAAUAGGUGUUCCUCCCACCCUCCCUCACUAUUAUUCUCCGUCGUUCUCUCUCUCUCUGUCGUUCUCUCUCUCUCUCUGUGAAGCAUUGAAAUAACCAAAUAUUAGGCACCAAACUAGCUGUAGUUUAAAAAUGUGCUGAGGUGUCAUUAAACAAACAUUCCUCCCCUUUCUUUCUCUCCCCCCCCCCCCCCCCCACACACACUUAAAGUGGAAGAAUACAACCUCUUGUAUAAUGGGGAUCAAUCCCAUUCCCUCUUGAACCUAAUUUAAAUGUAAUUCUGCACUAAGCAAAAUACAUUAAAAAUGUCUUAUAUUAUUCGACUUAAAAACAUUUCAGCUUAAUUUAGACAAGUUUAUUAAGUUUUGUUAGGUUUUUAAUUUUUAUUUGAGAUUAUAGUUGUGAGUACAAGUAAAAUUAGGAAUAAUCUGAGUGUUUUUAUCUGUCAUCAAUAUUAUAGUAUGUAAAUGAAGCCAGGGAUAAAGAGAAAGGAUACAAAUUAGUUGUUUUGUACCCUCAGGAAAACCUUGGACUAAACAAGUUUUGAAGACGUCUCAUUUGAAUCAGUAUUGACUCUUUUGUUACGUGUUAACUCAGAUUGAAACAUAACAGUACCCUUAAAAACAUUUAUAUACUUGGUAGACAAUAGUUUUAUUUUGAAGUGUAUUAUUAGCUAUAUCUUUAGCUUUGUUAGUUGCUUAGUGAGAACAAAAUAAGCUCACAUCAUUAUGUGAACUGAAUGUAGUAUAAAGUUUUGACAUGCUAGGUUCGAAGCAACAAUCUUACUUUAGCUUUGUAAUCACAGGAACAGGUGUUUUCAUCUUUUCUCUUCAUUGCUAUAAUCACUUGAUAAUUUUUCUGUUAAAUGUAAUUAAUUCUACCAUGUUGGUCACAACACACCAUAAUCUACCACUAAUGGAAAUGAUAUCGCACGCAGCAUAUUUCCAAUUUCUAAGCCAUAAUGUUUCCCCUUUCCAUCUCUCUUGCCUUAUCGUUCUUCCAUUCUCCUUUCCUCUGCCAUAAAGGGUGUACACAGUUCUAACUCACUCCCAUCACUGCUGUAAAUCCUCCACUGUGCCAAAACCGUUUUUUUUCUUCUCAUUUUGCUUUUAAAUGUAUUCCAUAAAAAUUCAAGCUCGCUGUUCUGAGCAGAGACCUCAGUUAUCUGGGUCAUCUGUUGAGGAUAGUGAGUUAGUGGUUAGUUGUUAAUAGUUUGUGAGAGUAGUCUGUAAUAGUAGCCUAGCCUCUUCAAAAAUGCAUUGAAACUUACUCUGGUUUUUAGGAAAUUUUAUUUUGCACAUAUUCAGUUAAGAUUCAAGCUCCUGCACAAACCUCAACUAUGUGGGUCCUCUGUUCAGGACAAUGGGUUAAUGGAGAGAGAUUAAUUUCAACUUAUUUUCAUGCUUAUAUUCAAUUAUGGUUCAGGCAUGCUGUCCUGGGCAUACACCUCAGCUAUCUGGGCUGUCGGUCCAGAACAGUGAGUUAGUGGUUAGUGAGAGGAAUCAAUAUAGAGGCAUUAUGCUUUUCCACUGAUCAACUGAAAUUCACUCUGGAUUGUCAGGCAAAGCCAUCAUCUACUUGUCAAACUGAUUACCGAUAGAUGAUAAACUCCUUGGUACUCUGUAGUCAUUAUACAUUAUAUUAUGUAACGUACAAAGCUAGUGAGGUCAGAGAAUAAUAAUCGUACAAUGAUGAAAAUUGUACAUAAAUUUUUUUAAUAAACCUGUAAAUGCAUGUGUUGGGAAUAGAUUGUGCUUUUUGGUAAAGUUUGGAAACGGCCUUCAUGGUAUUCAUGGUUUUCAUAGUAUCUGUCUCCAUGUUGACUCUUAUACUUAGACAAUCUUGUGUAGACACACAUAACGUACACAGUGAGUAGAAACAAGAAGAGUUUGUAACAAGAAAUAUGUGAUAUAUGUUUUGAAUUGUUAACAUUGUAUUGUGUGUUUUAUUAUGCAAGUAUUUUAGCACCUCUGGCCCUGUGCUUAUAAAACAUUUAUGGCUCAAACUUUUAAUGCUGUUCAAAUUUCUUGCAGCUUUGAACUCAGAAUCCGAGUUUGAGCUUUGUGUGAAGUUUUAUAAGCAUAGACUAUGGAAUGAAGAAUAAUACAUGUAAUAAAAUGUAUAACAUUACUUUCAAUAAUCAUGAUAAAAAUAUAAAAUACUAA